UUUAGCGCGGUUUAAAAUACAGGAAGUGACGUUUAACAACGAAAUAACGCUUUCACUCGUUGGCAUGGAUUUCGGCUAAUAAACAACACUUUGGAGGGGGAUUGUGUAACGCAUUUGAACGUUAGCUACUUCAAAUUAGCAUAGUGUUUUGUUUAGCUAAUCCAUCAAUAUUUAAACAAUCUAGAUUGCGAAAACCGGAAUAUUUUUCCUACUCUGAAGUUUCUGGUGCUAGCCAGCUAGUUUAGCACAACUGGCUGGCCUUUGUUUGUCAUGGGUGUUUUUCAGACAGUGCCGUUGAUCAGCUAACUAAUAUUUUCGCCUUUCAACAUCCCUGAAUUUUAUAAAGAUGAAGAGAAAUGUGUCUCGAUUACGGUUAAGUCCAAAUGAAGAAGCUCAACUCAUUCGAGAGGAACACGAGAGGAGAAGGAAGCUGCGAAUACAACAGGUGCGGGAACAGGAGCGGUAUAUCGCUCUACAAAUCCGCACGGAGGUGCAACUGCGAAGGGAGCGCGAGCUACAAAACCUGGCAGAGGAGUUGAAGGGGCAGUGGGAGCAACAGCAGAGUGAGAAACUGAAGACCCUGCAAAAGUUAUACCAGGACAAUCUCCGAGUUUUGGGAGAGGGACAUAGGAGUGCCAAAGAAAAUGAGCCUGACUGGGAGGCAAUUGCACAGAAAAAUGAGGAGAAUCAUGUUCGGGCAGAUGAGCGCUAUCGAGUAGCCCUCAAAGAGCUCAAAUCACAGAGACAGAAAGAUCAGGAGGAACAAAAUCGUUUUAUGGAGGCUAGGAAGAAGUCCAUACAGGUGGAGAAGCAGAGGGCAGCAAAAGUGGCCAACUUCCCAUCCCUUCCACCCAACCCAAUUGAGGUUCAAUUUAAUAGUAUUGAGUCAAGGAAGCUGCAUGCAGUGAAGAAAUCAGACGUGGAUGCCUUCUCUGUGACUCACUAUCAUAUGCCAGAGACUGCAGUGGACAGGGAAGUCUACACAGCACAGCCAAACGCACAGGUGGCGGCAUUGGAGGAGAUGCAGCGCCUGCAGGAGCUAAGACAGGAGGAGCAGAGAGAGAGACGAGAGCAGCUGGAGAAGGCUCAUCUCAGGGGUAACCACGCGCUGAGGAGGGAACAGCUCACACAGGACCGAGAGCGCCUCCUGGUGGAGCUUGAACACAUGCAUCAGACAGACCUUUUGAGGCGCAGGCAGGUGAUGGCUCAGAUGCCUGCCCAGAUCUUCCAGCCGCUCCACAAGAGACAGGAGAUGAGGGAGGACUGGCAGAGGGAUAUGGAGUUCGCCUUCGAGGACAUGUACACUGGAGAGAGGAGUAAGGAGGGGAGUGAAAGGUGACCUGGUGCUGCAGCUGGUCCCAGAGCCUCUCCUAGCUGUGUCCACUGGCAGCCAGGAUGAAGACCUAGACCUGACCCAGGAGGCCACCCCUGACCUUACACCCUUGGCUGGGGCAGAGGAACAACCGG